AUGAGAAUUAAAUUUCUUGGUGAUUGUUAUUAUUGUGUUAGCGGUAUGCCUGUUAAUAGGCCUAAUCAUGCGGAUAUGUGUGUUCUUAUGGGCCUGGAGAUGAUAAAAACAAUAAGACAAGUUAGAUUAGCUACAGGAGUUAAUGUGGAUAUGAGAAUUGGAGUACAUAGUGGCUCUGUUCUAUGUGGAAUUUUGGGUUUACGUAAAUGGCAGUUUGACGUCUGGUCUGAUGAUGUUACUUUAGCUAAUCAAAUGGAGACAACUGGGAAACCUGGAGCUUUACAUAUCAGCAACAAAACAAAAGACAGCCUUAUAGACAAAUAUAAUAUACUUGAAGCGCCCCCUUUGGAUGAACAAAUAUUUAAAUCCAAUAAACACAAAACUUAUUUUAUUUUGCCUGAUAAUUAUUAUAAUGAUUUUGAGAGGCCUUCGAAUAUUUGUAUAAAUAAAAGGCUAGUAAAUUUGAAUUUUUUUGAGAAAAAAAUUUGGGAAAAAAUUCUGAAAAUUUUUUUAUUUUUUUUAAUAAUUUUUAGCCCCUCAGAAUGUAAUUUAUCUCAAAUCCAAGCCAAAAAUAAUUUUGAUGAAAAUCACCUCCUUCCAACACGUGAUGAUUUUACUAGACACCACAGAGCUAUUUCUAUGAAAGCUAAAGGUGUUAAAAUGGCGGAAUAUUGGGGGGAACAAACUAGGGUACUUGGACCCUUAUCUACAACACCCAAUGUUAAAAGAAAAUUUAGAAAUGAAUUAAAUGAUAAAAAUAGAGAAAAUAAACAAAGUGGAUAUACAGGUGGAUAA